AUGGAGGAAAUGGAAACGAGUCGGAAAGAGCCAGCCAUACGGUAUCAUGCCGGUUACCGGAACGAACAGGAAGAGCAUGUGUCACUGUGUGGGCUGUACGACCGCAAUGUGCCGGUGCCGGUAUAUAUCUCUCUCUCUGGCAAAGUUCUCGUCUGCUUGCCAUUUCUCCAUAAUAUUAUCGUAGGCUGUGGAAGGGGGCUUGUGAUGAAGGACCAUCCGAGGAACCACGGUAUCAAGCAUUUCGAAGUUACACCGUCACAAUCAUCUUCUUUCCCUUCUUUUCUCCCUUCUGCUGUAGUACCGUAUUAUUUGGGGAGGGUUUUUUUCUUCACACUUUUUCCUUCUUUUUGAAUGUACUAACUAGUAUGUGCCGGGCACUUGAAAUCAACCAAAAACCCACACAA